AACGAUUAGCACGAGCAUUCGCAUCACAUUCUGAUUCGUUCGAUAUUUGAAUUCGUUCGGUAUCUGAAUUCGUUCGGUAUUUUCUUCGGUGGGAGCUGAAAUUUACUGCGAAAUAAUUUUGACUAUUCAUUAUCCGUCCAUGCCAUGCGCGAUAAAAUAUCACAAUUAUUUUGCUUGCAAAAAAACGCAUGUAAAAAUAAUUCAGCAGAUAAUAGAGGACAUAAUGUGCCAACAAAAGCAACGCGCAACGGGUCAAUGUGUGCCAAUGGGACUUUUGGGGCAGAAAGGCCCGAAGCGACAGAGACCGACUCAUCAGGGACCGGGCGGAUGCGGAAGUCGAUGGAGAGGAAUGGCUCAACGCAGAACGACACUGUUCACCUCGAGAGAAGGCUGGGCCUCUUCAGUGGGGUGGCUUUAAUUGUCGGAACCAUGAUAGGGUCUGGAAUAUUCGUGUCACCAUCCGGUUUACUGGUUCGCACCGGUUCCGUUGGAAUAAGCUUCAUAAUUUGGCUUGCCUGUGGUCUGCUUUCACUAUUGGGCGCUCUGGCAUAUGCUGAACUUGGCACUAUGAAUACCUCGUCUGGAGCGGAAUGGGCCUAUUUUAUGGACGCCUAUGGACCAGCACCGGCAUUUCUUUUUUCAUGGGUAUCGACAUUGGUGUUGAAGCCAUCUCAAAUGGCUAUAAUAUGCUUAUCGUUUGCACAGUAUGCCGUGGAAGCUUUUGUCACGGAAUGUGAUCCACCUAGGGGUGUUGUUAAAAUGGUUGCAUUGGUUGCUAUCGUCAUGAUUCUGUUCGUCAAUUGCUAUAGCGUUAAUUUAGGUAUGGCGGUACAGAAUAUAUUCACGGCGGCCAAACUGGUGGCAGUGGUAAUUGUUAUUUGUGGCGGCGCUUGGAAAUUGUUUCAUGGCAAUACACAGCACUUGUCGAAUGCAUUUAAUGGGCCGAUGCCAAAUAUUGGAGCUAUUGCGACCGCAUUUUAUACAGGCCUUUGGGCCUACGAUGGUUGGAAUAACCUUAACUAUGUUACAGAGGAGAUUAAGAAUCCCAGCAAAAACUUGCCGCGCUCUAUUAUGAUUGGCAUACCAUUGGUUACUCUGUGCUAUGCUCUGAUCAACAUCUCAUAUCUGGCUGCCAUGUCGGAGCAAGAAAUGAUCGAAUCCGAGGCAGUCGCAGUCACUUUUGGCAAUCGUAUUCUGGGCGCCCUUGCUUGGCUUAUGCCACUAAGUGUCACUGUCAGCACAUUUGGAAGUGCUAAUGGUACUCUCUUUGCUGCAGGCCGUCUUUGUUUUGCGGCCAGUCGAGAGGGACAUCUACUGGACAUUUUGUCUUACGUACAUGUGCGUCGGCUGACUCCGGCGCCUGGCCUCAUAUUCCAUUCUUUAAUUGCUUCAGCCAUGGUGCUUCAUGGCACAAUUGAUUCACUGAUUGACUUCUUCAGCUUCACCGCAUGGAUAUUCUAUGGUGGCGCCAUGUUGGCCCUUAUCGUUAUGCGGUACACCAAACCCAACUAUCCACGACCAUACAAGGUGCCAAUUAUCAUUCCCGUUGUGGUCUUGGUCAUAUCUGUGUACCUCGUUGCUGCGCCUAUCUUUGAAACGCCGCGCAUUGAAUAUUUGUAUGCACUGCUUUUCAUCUUUGCAGGCCUCAUAUUUUACGUACCUUUUGUAAAACUGGGCAUGACACCGCGCUUUAUGAACAAGGUCACACUGUUCUUUCAGUUGCUGCUGGAGGUUGUGCCAACAUCAUCGAUGGCCAUGUUUGAAUAGUCGCGAUCAUGUGCUUCAAUCUAAAAUCUAUAAAAUUGCUUUAAAUCAUAGGUUCCCAAGCCAUUGUUCUACUGGCUCCCUUGUUAUUGUAAUUAAUCUUUGGUAUAAGAAGAACAGUUGCCAUAUACAUGUAUUGCUCUCAACAUUGGCAAACCGAAAUAUAAAAACAAUUCUGUGCUUUUU